GUGGGGAUGUCAGAAGGAGCGGCAGAGACAGAGAGGGAGAAUGAGACAUUCGUUUCAUUUGCUGAUUUGAGAAUGCCUUCUGGUUGAAAUGGAGGACGCAGAGAUCCGUCAGCAAAAGCUGGACAAUCAGCGUUCACUUUUGAUCAAGAAACAACAAAGAAGAAGGGCAGAUGCCCGCAUGGUCACAGCAAAUCAUGAUAUUCGUCUCAAGACAUGCAAACAGAAAGCUGGAUCUGAUGAUACAACUUUGUUGAUAAGACAGUCUCAGAGCAGCACUUCCCUAAAUGACACACAACCUGAGCAGGUUUAUGAAAACACUGUGGAGGAGAUCAGUUUAGGAGAAUUGAGCAUUUCAUCCAAGGCAGCAGAGACAUCAGAAGAGACUGCACCGGUCAUCACCAAGACAAUCGAUCUGGAGAUCAGCCCCCAAAACAGCCCUCAAUGCACUCUAGACACAGAUGACCUGGCAGAUAUAAAGAAAACAAAGAAGAAAGCUGUGAAAAAGGGGCAAACAAAAUUACUUGAGCCAAAAACUGCACAAGACGCAGAGGAAAAUGAUGAUAAAGAGAAGAAGUCUGCAAAGAAGAAGGACAAGAAAAAUGAAUCUAAACUGAAAGGGAAUGCAGUGGAAAAAUCUUCAAUUCAGACUGAUACAGUGGUAGAUUUCAGCAUGAAUACAGAGAAAAAACCUGAAUCAGAGAGUGAGGAUGAAAUAAAAGACUGGUCCAAGAGCCCUGUCCCUCCCGCACCAAAGAAACAACAACAGCUGAUGCCAAUGAGAUGUCAUCUCAGUGACAGUGGUGAAGUACAGGAGGAUGAGAAGGAGGAGGAAGACAAAAAGGAGGUUAAAAAAACACCAAAGAAGCCAAAAAAACAAGCAAAAAACAAUGAAAAUCUUGCUUCUUUAAACUCCAACUAUAAGGAGUCUUCCUCUGACAGUGAUUCGUUGGACAUGGGAAAGUCCUCUCCAAUGUGUUUGGAGGAUUUGGAACAGUUUGCCAUACGUCCUGCUCCAAGAGAUGUGACGAUUCAGUGCCGGAUCACCAGAGACAGGAGAGGAAUGGAGAAAGGAAUCUAUCCUACAUAUUACCUCCACAUAGAAAAGGAGGAUGGGAAGAGGGUCUUUCUGAUGGCUGGCAGGAAAAGAAAGAAAUGCAAAACUUCAAAUUAUUUGAUAUCAAUCGAUCCAACCGAUUUAUCCAGAGAUACAGACAGCUACAUAGGCAAACUAAGAUCAAAUGUUUUGGGGACUAAAUUCACGGUGUAUGAUAAUGGUGAGAAUCCAGAAAGGAAACCAUUCAUCAAAGAAACGGACACCCUCAGACAAGAGCUAGCGGCAAUAUUUUAUGAGAAAAAUGUGCUGGGUUUCAAAGGUCCCAGAAAAAUGACAGUAAUCAUCCCUGGUAUGCAUGAAAAUGAUGAGAGAGUUGUUAUUCGUCCAAAAAGUGACCUAGAAUCCCUACUCACCAGAUUUGAGAAUGGCAACAAAGAGAAUCUUGUCACCCUUGUCAAUAAGUCACCCAGCUGGAAUGAGCAGACUCAGUCAUAUGUGCUCAAUUUCCAUGGCCGAGUUACACAGGCAUCUGUAAAAAACUUUCAGAUUGUCCAUCCAGAUAAUGUGGACUAUAUUGUGAUGCAGUUUGGGCGGGUUGCAGAAGAUGUGUUUUCCAUGGAUUACAGCUUUCCUAUAUGUGCUCUUCAAGCAUUUGCCAUCACUUUGUCCUCCUUUGAUGGCAAAUUGGCCUGUGAAUAAGCUUGAUUUAUCGUUCUCUGUAUUUUCUUUUAAAAAGGGAAAACUUUGCAGUAUAUUAGGAUUUUCAAGAUAUGUUCUUGCAGUAAUAAAAUGUUUGCUCUUAUGCAAAUUAUUUAGACAUUUUGCUAUUGUGCAAAUUAUAAAGUACAGUUGAUAGUUGACCUGUUCACUAAUUAUUAAUGAAUGUUUAAUUAGUAGCUUUAUGUGAAUGAGUUUUGUUUAUGAAUAUUUACAUCAUUAAUCUUUCAUUGGUAAACUGUAUUGCUAUUUUAAGUGUCUUCUUGUGCCAGAUUUCCAAGACUGUUGUUGAAAGUCUUUGUCAGACACUUUAAGCUAAUAGUUUGUGUUAGAUAUUUUUUCCUUCUUAUUUUGUCAUGUGUUUACAUAAAAGAAAGCUUGACUGUACUUGUUAAAUAAAAAAU